AUGCUGGGUGACCACUCACCUCUUUUGGGUGGCGGUGGGAACAUAUCAACACCCAACAUGACGGCGGAAGGUGGUGGUGGUGGCGGAGUUGGAUCAAAUUCUGAAAGUGAUAUUGAAAGAAGUAGAAUUGAAGAAGGUGAACGUAACUUCGGCGGUAACCGGUGGCCGCGACCGGAAACUUUGGCGCUUUUAAGGAUACGAUCGGACAUGGACACAGUUUUUCGAGAUGCAAGUGUUAAAGGUCCUUUGUGGGAUGAAGUUUCAAGGAAGCUAGCAGAACUUGGGUUUUACAGAAGUGCAAAGAAAUGCAAAGAGAAAUUUGAAAAUGUUUAUAAGUAUCACAAGAGAACUAAAGAUGGUAGAGGUGGAAAAUCAGAUGUCAUAUCAGCCGCAAAACCAAUCAAGAUCACCACAAAUUUCAGCAUCAAUGUCAACACCAACACAGACACAGACACCGUCGCAAGUUGUUACAGCUGCGAUAACAGAAUCAACAACAGUCCCAAUGUCAUUGCCACCGGUGAUCAACACAGCAAUGAGUAUCCCUCCUCAUGUAACUGUUUCAUCAAUUUCAGUGCCUCAAAAUAA